UAACAACAGAAGGUAGCAUUCAUGUUCUGGGUAAUACCUUUUAUCGUACUUACCAACUAUGUCGCACAUGGAUGGAGGAAGACAACAACUCUUGCACUCAAAUAUUCCUUUCCGAGGCAUACAUAUACCCAUUUGAAUGACACUACUGAUGGACAAACAGUCUAUGGGCUAUCUUCCGCAGUGCACGAAGGCGGAUGCGGAAUAGCUGUAACAAGAAUUACCGGAAAACAAAGUCUAGAAUUGUUGCAACUACUGACAAAGUCAACGGGAACAAAUGCGUCGAACAACACUUUCGAAUGCGAACCCAGAGUGGCAACACUACGAGUACUAUACGACAAGACACAUUCAGCACCCAUAGAUAGAGUCAUCACAAUAUACUUCCCAGCACCCAACUCUUUUACAGGGGAAGAUGUAGUGGAAAUACAUACCCACGGAAGCAGAGCUGUCAUAUCACAAUUGUUUGCAACCAUCAGAGAACUAUCGAAGGAAUAUGGAUUAAAAGUAAGACAAGCGGAAAGAGGAGAAUUUACCAGAAGAGCAUUCUAUAAUGGGAAACUUGACCUAAUACAGGCUGAAGCUAUCAGAGAUGUCAUCAGAGCAGAAACGCAAAUAGAAGUGGAAAACGCAGCAUUAAAGAUAUACGGAAGACUAUCCAAAAUAUACCACACAUGGACUGAUAGGCUCAACCAAAUACUAGGGAUAGUAGAAGCGAAAAUUGAAUUCAAUGAACAGGCGUCAACAGAUUUACAAAAUACAGUAGAAGAUGCUAAUGCACUCGCACGAGAAUUAAAUGAUAUUGCGACACAAGUGAGGAAUCAUAUCAAUGAUAACAGAGCUGAAUUAGUCAGUAUGGGCGCAACAGUUGCAAUAGUAGGACCGCCAAAUGCAGGGAAAAGUUCACUAAUCAACACAAUAUGUGAUAGAAACGUAGCAAUAGUGGCCGACUUACCAGGAACAACAAGGGAUCCUGUGCACGCUAAAUAUGACCUCAAUGGAAUCAAAAUAACACUAGUAGAUACAGCAGGAAUCAGAAUAGUGGAAAGCGAAACUACAGAAAACUCACAUCAAAAGGUGGAAAUGCAAGGAAUUGAAAUGGCAUUGGAAUACAUCAAAGAUGCUAAAGUAGUGCUAUUCCUAUACGAUCAUGAUAAUGAUGAUAUGUCAAAAUAUGCACUAACAAUGACAAUGAAUAAAAUGAGCACACACUCAAAACUUAUAGUAUGCAUUUCAAAAACAGAUCUACUAGAAAACAAAAAAACACAGGCAAUCAUAAGAAAGCUCAAGAAGAAUUACCCACUAAGUAAUGCAGAAGUCAUCCCACUCUCAACAAAAAUAGUAAAUACAGUUGAUGACCUGCUAGACCAUGUACAGCAAACGUUUGAAAAGGAAUACCAAGAAGCCAGAAAACAACCAUUCAUCACAGACGCAAGACAGAAAAAUCAUCUAAUCAACGUCCUAAAGGAAAUUGAAAGAACAUUAGAAGUUAUACAAAGCGGAAACCAUGAGCUAGAAAUAAUAGCAGAAAAUAUAAGAGCCGCAAUAUCGCAAAUCGCAUACAUAGUAGGAGAACAAACAAACGAAGAAUUGCUGGACACCAUCUUCAGAACCUUCUGCGUAGGAAAGUGACAAAAAGGAAAUUUCUCA